CCCAGCAGUGCCACCCACAAGUUCCGCCCACCUGUGCCCAGCAGUGCGCCCACUAGCUCCGCCCACCUGUGCCCAGCAGUGCACCCACCUGGCAGCCCAGCAGUGCUGCCAGUCAGUGCCACCAGUCAGUGCCCAGCGGUUGUGCCAGUCAGUGCCGCCAGUCAGUGCCCAGCAGUGAUGCCAGUCAGUGCCAUCUAUCAGUACCCAUCAUCAGUGUCACCUAUCAGUGCUGCCUAUCAGUGCUGCAUAUUAGUGCCGCCUAUCUGUGACACCUCAUUAGUGCUGCCUAUCAGUGCCGCCUAUCCGUGCCACCUCAUUAGUGCUGCCUAUCAGUGCCCUUUAGUG